CAAAGUGCAGUUGGAAAGCAAUGGAAGAAACAAAUAAACCGAGCUGCAAACAGCAAUUUAUCGAUGCGUAUAGUGUUUUGGUGCAAGCGAUAAGUGCUGCCCGGUUCGAUGAGUUCAAAGAAUUCUUCGCCAACGAAUCGGACUACGAGCUGGCGGUGCAGGAAUUUCGCAACGGAUUCAAGGAAGCGCUUCUAUCGAAAGUAAACAGACUGUGGGAUGAAACAGCCAUCGACGACAAUGUAGCGCUAUUGGAAAUGUUGAAAUCAAAGGCGAGUGGAAGGACGGCCAAAAUGUGGCGCCCCACAGGGAAAUCCGUCAGUGAACAGGUUCUUCCCAUGACCGUAAACAAACUGAAAACGUCGUUAAAAUUUUAUCAACAUCAGCUGGAAUUUCAAAAGGAAAGAACAGAGGCACUCAUUUAUACGAUCGAAACAAUGCGAUCAAAGUACCGAACGGCGCAGACGCGUCGAAACCAUUUACUGCAGCAAAUUGCGAAUGAAAAGAAAACGUUCGAUGCCACUCGUGCGCAACAGAAAAGCCUCGACCACAAGGUAAACGAUGAUUUACUGAUAUGAACGGUAGUCUGGAUUAGCAAAACACAUCUCUAAUAAACGCACCACAAGUACUGGCCUCAUUCAGGUAGGAUAAAUUUGUAACAAGUUUAUUAUUUAAAAGAAAACACAAUUACACUAACCGUACGCGCAUUAGGUUAAGGUAAACGUACAACAUUUCCGUUCGUUAACGUGCUCGCUUCGAUAGCGAUUUGUUUUUUGCUCCGGGAGGUUAAGCAGUGGUGUGAGGGAGCAGGCAGAGGGGCAUUUUAGGAGAGUUUGUGACUAAAGUCAAUAUGUACAGCGCAAGACUCGUUAAGGAUAAAAAAAGACGCUAGCAUUAAACGUAUGUGGUAAUAUCCCGAAGCUUUUUGUUAUGGUUAGUUGUCGUUUUGCGUCCAUUCCGUUUGCCCGGCCUUAGUUCCGCUUGGAUGAGUUGAUCAGAUAUUUGCAGCAGUGCGUGAGUAGAUGCUUUUCGGUGGAGGAAUUGUUGUUGUGUGAUACCGACCCAACCUCCCGGGUGUAAAUAUCUAGCCCGUAUUGUCCUUCCUCGGGGAAGCUGCAAUGCAAAACGGUAAGCCACAAUAAAUCUCAUGUUUCGAAGCGAAUGGAUUUUGCGCAUACCUUAUGUUGAAUGUGAUCAUAUCAUCAAUGAUCGAUUGUUGAACGUAUUUGGAAAGUUUCUUUUCCUCGAUACCGUUUUUGUGCAGUGUCGCCAUAAAGUCCGUGAGCGGUCGUGACAUGCGGAAUUGUAGCUCGAUCGAUCGUCCGGCAAAGAUGAGUGGUUCCUGGAACGACAAAAUCGAAACGAAAACACCCUCCCCAAAAUGAGUCAGGAAUGAUUAUUAAUUAACGCGGGAUUACAAUC